CCCAAGAGCCUAUUUUUUUUUUUUAUACAGAUUACCUUUAUAACCCACAACCUUUACAUAAAAAAAAAUGGGAAAGAAAAAGUCAGCUGUUUUUCGUAAUGGUGCUGAUAAUGCACUCGAUACCACCAAAGGCGAUAAAAUUGACGCUAUUAGAACCUGGGACGAUGUUGAGCAUGAUUCAGAAGACGACUUUCAUGACGAUAGAGGAAAGAUCCUUUUAAACGAGAACCAAGAAAGUGAACAAGAGGAAAGCGAUCGCGAGAUCUAUGGUUUAGAAGGCCUUGAUUCCGAAGACGAAUAUUCCGACGAUGAUAUUGCUGGAAAGCAAGUAGAGGAAGAAGCCGAUGAUAAAACUUGGGGUACAUCCAAAAAGGCAUAUUACGAUAAUGAUGAAGGAGAUGACCUUGAGGAAAUGCGUGAAGAAGAAGAAGAGGCUUUAAGAAUUCAAAAGGAACAACUCGCCAACAUGGAUGAAGCAGAUUUCGUAGACGAUGCUUUAGCUGGAUGGGGUCUCGGUAACGAUGAGGAUGCAGCCAACGAUAAAAAACUCGUGGAAGAAGUCAGCAGAGAUUUAGAGGAUAUUUCUUUUGAUACGAUCAAGAUUGAAAAACGUCGCAAAAACCUUCCUGUCGCUGAAAAAUUAAAGAUUCUUCAAAACGAAUCUCCCGAAUUGAUUGAUUUACUCGAUGAAUUCAAAGAUAAUGUCGAAUCAGUAGAACUCUUAAAGACCGUUGUUGAAAAAAUUCAAGCUAAAGGAAUGCAACAAGACGAAACAGCUCAAUUCAUUUUAUUCAAAUACCAAACAGUCAUGAACUACAUGACCAAUAUUUCAUUCUAUUUUGCAUUAAAGGCAUCCGAUGCCAACGAUAUUCGUGAUCAUCCUGUCAUUCAAGCUUUAUUCAAACUCCGUCAGACGCUCGAAAAAUUAGAGGCCUUAGAAGAGAAACUUCAAGAUGAUAUUCAAGACUUUGUCACUGAAUUAGAUGAAGAAUCAGAAGAGGAAGAGGAACCUGUUGUAGUUGCUGAGAAGGCUAAUAAAAAGGCCAAGAAAUCUAGCCCCAAAAAGGCUGUCAAGUUUAAUGCUGUGCAGGACUCUGAUAUUUCUGAUGAUUUACAAGAAUCUGAAGAUGAGCAAGAUAUUUUGAACGAAAUUGAAGAUAUUGAGCAAGAAUUCAAGAGUCUUAAAAAGGCAGCCAAGAAGCGUAAGAGAGUUAUUAAUGAUGACUUUGGAGAAUUGGAAGGAUUGGAUGAGAUUGAUAUGGAAGAUAAAAUCACCAAGAAGAAAUCCAUCAGAGAUUAUGUUGCCAAAAUUGAUGCUAAACAAGCCAAAAACUCUAAUAGAUAUCAGGGUGAUGUUGAUUUACCAUACAGAGAUCGUGUUAAACAGGAGCGUAAGGGUGUUGCACAGCCUCAAGAUACAUCUGCUGAUUUGGAUAAUGCCGAUUGGGAUGAAGAGGAUACUGCAGCUGCCGAUGAAGUUCGUCAUGGUAAAGCAGAUUCUGAUGAGGAAUAUUACAACGAAAUUGCAGCUGGUAAAGAAGCUACCAAACGUGCUAAAUUGGAGAAUUACGAAGCUGAAAGACCUGCUAUUGAGAGUCGUGAUAUUCAAGUAGAGGAAGGUCGUAAGCGUUUAGCAUCUUACAAGAUGUUGAAGAAUAAGGGUUUGACUCCUCAUCGUAAGAAGGAGAAUAGAAAUGCUCGUGUUAAGCAUAGAAACAAGUAUGCUAAGCAAAUGAAGAAGUUGUCUUCUACAAGAGCUGUUGUGAAGCCUCAAACUUCUGGUUAUGGUGGUGAAAUGAGUGGUGUAAAGACUAACGUUAUUAAGUCCGUUAAAUUAUCGCAGUAAAGAUUCCCUCUCUUUUUUUUUCUCUCCCCCUUUUUACAUUACACUUUUUUUUUUCAUACUUCAUAUUCUUGUAUCUAUCCCCCCCCCCCACACACACACAACACACACACCUCCUUUUUUAAACUAAAAAAACCACCUUGUGUUUUCCUUUUUUGCCUUUUUGUAACAAUUAUGAUAUGAUUAUUAAACUAAUUAAAAAUAUAAUCAAUGACUAUUUCAUUUCAUACAAAACAAAUGUUUAAAAUAG